AUGUUUUUAUCCACAGAGACACAGCUGGCGAGGUUGUUGGAAGAUCUGGGCUUGGAGCAGUACUACAGAAAGAAGCUAACACUCAGAAAAAUACUUGAGAUUGACGAGGACACCAUCACUGAUGAAGCUGCCAACUGUAAAUCCGACCUUCCUUGGUAUUUUUUGAAGAAACUGAUGAUGGUUAAUGUGACAGCAAGGAAUGUGACAAAUACCACAGUGUGUGAGUCAGACAGUGAUGGUGUAUCGGAGAGUAAAGAGUUCAGUAUUGAAAAUCUGUUUAAAAGCCCAAACACAGGUGGCAUGAUGAACCCCCUUGAUAUAAUCACUGCUCUUUUUCUGUGUUCUGAUGGUCUUGUGCAGCAGGAAAUGGCAGUAAAAAUGUCCACAUGUCAGUUUUCUGUGCCUUUGCUGCUUCCAAAUUGUGACACCAAUCAGUGCACACUCAUGCUGUGGGCCAUGAGAGACAUUGUUAAAAAGUACAGACCUCAGUCUCUGUCAGAAUCCAAGGGCUUCAUUGAAGAAAGAAUUGUUCUCUCGAAACUUCCAAUGAUCUCUUUUGUCAGUCUGGGUGAGUGCUCUUUGUCCAAGUCAGAGAUUCUCAAUAAGCUUCUGAGCAAUUCUCAGCAGUACCAUGACACCUUUGUUCAUCGCAACAUGGAGUGUGGUGACAGUCCAAGAAGAAUAUCCAACGGACUGACUGAAAUUACUUGGUAUCUUCCUUGUGGAAAAGCAAACAUUGAUAUUUUCAGUCAGCCAGUGGCUGUAGCUAACCUUCGUGGGGACAUUGCAUGCUUUCAAACACAAUACUCCUUUCUGUGUCAGAAAUCUGCAGCAGUUUUUGUGUUCUUUGACCAUUUGGACUCUGAAUCUGAUAUCAGUCUUCUUACUAACCAACAUCACAAGGCACAGAUCUUCUUGGUUGGUAAUCAUGUAAGCAAGCACAACAGUACAGAUGCUUUGAAAAAAGUAGCACUCAAGUUGGGCUUGACCAAAAACAACAUCAUUAUUAAGACAAAAACAAUAAAUGAUGCAGACUUUGUUAAAAGUUUGAGGGAAAUGGUCAAAGAUGUGGUUAAGAACUCAAAAAUGAAGAUGACAAUAGAGCAGAUGGCAGACAUUGCCCAUGAACUGGGGAUCCUGGUUGAUGAAGACUCUCCAGAGUGUCAGACUGCAAAGAGAAAUGCAGAUGUGAUCACUGCUGAAAUUCAAGACAUCCUUAAAUGCAAAGAAGAUCAGCUUCCACGACAAGGUGAAAUAUGGAAAGAACUGACCUGCUUAGAGAAGGAAGAAUGUCGACUUCGAAAAGUUGGCUCUAAAAAUAUAGAAGAUUACAAAAGCGAACUUCAGAAAAAGAAAGAACAACUGAGGAAAAGGCAGAACUCUUAUGACAUGUCGACAGUUAUGAAAUGCUUCAUCGAUGCAAUAUCAAGCCCAGGAACAGAGAGGUUUUAUUUCCUGAAAUGGAUGCGAAUGAACCUGGAUAACCUGUCUCGGAUAAAACUGUCUGAACUUCAGGAGAAAUAUAAAGAAAAAUCUAAGAACUCUGAGAAUAAAGAGGAGGUCAAAGAAAUUGACAGACAAAUUUCCAACAGCUCACUGGGGACUGAACACUUCUUCCGUGAAAUGGGUCAGAUCUAUGAAGCUUCACUGUCCCUUCCACAAACAGAUCCAGCACGUCAACAGCUGCAGCAUCUGCCCAAACUGUGUGCAGAGUUGUUGCUUGAUGGAUUUCCUCUUGAGCUUGUAGAUGGAGAUGCAUCCAACAUCCCUCUCAGAUGGGUGAGUGAUGUUCUCUCUCAGCUCAGUGACUUGGUGUCUCCAAACAGAAAGAUCCUGGUAGUCACAGUUCUUGGAGUUCAGAGCACAGGAAAGUCCACUCUCCUUUACACCAUGUUUGGAGUGCAGUUUGCAGUCAGCAGUGGUCGAUGUACUCGAGGUGCCUUUAUGUCGCUCAUCAAAAUCAAUGAAGACAUGAAAAAAGUCCUAAACUGUGACUUCAUGCUGAUCAUUGACACUGAGAGCUUAAAGUCACCAGAACUUGCACAACUGGACAACAGUCAUGAGCACGACAAUGAGCUUGCUACACUUGUUGUGGGGCUCAGUGAUGUCACCAUUGUUAAUACUGCAAUGGAGAAUUCAACUGAAAUGAAGGACAUCCUACAAAUAGUUGUGCAUGCUUUUCUCAGGAUGAAGGAGGUGGGCAAAAAGCCUAAAUGUGUGUUUGUUCACCAGAAUGUGUCCGAUGUUUCAGCCCAUGAGAAGAACUUACGAGACAGGAAACUGCUCCUGGAACAGUUAAAUGAGAUGACCCAGGCAGCAGUCAAAAUGGAAAAGAAAGAGGAGAACAAGAGCUUCACUGAUGUGAUGGAGUACAGUCCAGACACUGGGAACUGGUACAUUCCUGGACUCUGGAAUGGAAACCCACCAAUGGCACCAGUCAAUGCAGGCUACAGUGAGGCUGUAUAUGAGCUCAAGAAACACAUCAUCCAACUGCUGGGAAACUGUUCAGAAACAGCCUCGUAG